CGAUUGAAAAUUUCGGCAGUCAGACAGUGUGAUAUUCUGUCUGUCGAACAAAGAAUAUCAAUCGUAGUAGAUAUUGUUGUUUUUUUUAUUAAUUAUUGCAAACGUGCUGAAAUUUUUCCUGAAUGAUUCAGCGUGACGGCUUGUUGCUAUCUGUUGGCGCGCCGAAGCACUGGAACGAGCGUCUUCACUGCCCUCACAACACGACAAAUAGCCUGCGAGGUUGAAAAACAAUAGCGCGAAUCGAUGACAAACAACUAGUGUAAUUUUCAAAAGGUUUCGACCGGUACAGCGUGGAAAGCGAUGUUUCUCUAACAGCUCCAUAUAUCCUGACUCAAGCGGACUGAAUCGCUGAGAUUAUUUGUGUUACUUUUUUUCGUUUUCUUGGACGCGUGUGUGAAAUAUUUUGGAAGAUGAAAGUGACCAUGGCAAGUUACGUCGAGGAUUUGGUAAAGUGCGGGUUUCUUGAAAUGAAGCUUCCGCGGAAACAGAGAAAGCUCACACACAAGAUUUGGAAAAGAAAAUGGUUUGUUCUGCGAAGGAAAUCUCCACGGGGACAACCUCGUUUAGAGUAUUAUCUAACAGAGAAAGCAUGCUCUGAGGGUAGACAUCGUACAAGUAUUUCACUGGAAGAUUUAACAUCUGUCUCGCAUGCUCAUUCAAGGACACAUAAUCACAGUUUUUUACUCGUGGGUAUGGAAAUCAAACUUUUUCUGAGUGCGGAUACUGAAAAAGAGUCACUUGAGUGGAUUCAGCUUAUUAAAGAACUUGUACUCCCAGAACCAAAGCUGUACCCCUCUGUUCAAGCUGGUGACAUUUAUGGGCUUCAUGAAGUAAAUGUAAUUCCUACAGAGGAUUCUGAUAGACUUGAACUUACAGGAAACUAUCUUAUGACAGUUCGUAAGGAAUACUUAUGCCUUCAUAGCGCAAAAACAGGAGAAAGAGUUUUAGAAUGGGAACUAGAUCAUCUUCCACGAUUUCGACUGCAAAGACUAUCACAUCUUCAAGAUUUAGACAAAGUUUUAACAUUUCAAGCGGGAAGGGGCUGUAAAACAGGCGAGGGACAUUUUCAAUUCCUGACCCAACGAGGGCGAGAAAUUUUGGACUGUGUGAAACUGCAAACUCAAAAGCUUGCCAAUAUGCGGCAACCUCUUCCCCACGAAAGACACAGAAGACCUUCAAUAGACUCUGUUCCCUGCACAAGAUCGUCUGAAAAUGAGACUGUGGAUAGUCUGACGAGCAACUCAUUUUCUUGAUAGUUAUUUCAUUGGAGCAUUUCAGCCAACUUUCGAUGUGAUGAUAUCGUUUGCGCUCCUCGCGUUCUCAAGAAAUCGACAGAUUUUGAGCACUGUUUGUUGCCUUUGUUUUCCUAAGGUGGACAGCGAAAUGUACCAAACAGAAAUAUUCAACGCACCCUCCGAGCUUGAAAGGCUCUUGUGGACAAUCGACAAAGGGACUGAGAACUAUUAUCGCCGAGAGGGGUCGGAGGAUUUUGGUUGUGUCACAAUGAAAUUUACCUGAUUCCCCCCUUAAGGCUCUGUAGUAUUCGAAUGAU